AUGAGCAAGCUUCUCGACUCCAUUUCCUCUGGCCUCUUAGCGGAAUUAGAGGCUACUAUGCGUGAUGUGGAGUUGGGAGAUCAGCAAUCGUACAUGGCGCAUAAAACGCCGUUGGAGUUGUACGCGUUUUUGCUGCAAUGGUUCGUUACGGCGGCUGAGAAGGUCAAGGCCACUGAGGAUGGCGAUGCGCCACCCCCAGCAGCGGCUACCAAGGGCAGGAGAGGGAGGGGAGGGAAGGCUGGAGCGGGGAGAGGGGCAGGUCGUGGAGCUGCGAGCAAGAAGAAUGAGGCGUGGACUUGGCAGGACCAGAUCCCUGCGACACUUGGGCUGAUUGUCAAAGUUCUGCGUCUUCAGACGCAACGUAUUUGGACGACGACUGCUGAAAGGGAAGACUUUAUCAAAACCAUUACAAGACCCGCAUAUCACGUCGCUGAAAACGAACAAUACAUGAAAAAGUCAGAUAUCAAGCUCUGGGUCUACAAGGUCAUCUGUCUCUCCGUGAAACACCAUGGUCAAUCUUUUGCUGUUCACAUCAACAUCAUCCAAUUUCUUACAUUCUUCGAACACCUCUCCGAGCCCAUGGCAGAGUGCCUCACCGUCCUCGCUGGGGAGUACGACCAUGCUCAAGUCGGGGACGAAAUCCUCCGCGACAUCGCGGGCAAGACUUUCAACGCGCAAGAUAGCAAAGGCCCUCGUGCAUUCGCGAGGUUCCUCGUCAAAUUCGCAGAACUCGCUCCACGCGCAAUACUCAAACAACUCAGCCUCCUUCUAGACCAGCUAGAUUCCGAGUCGUACCCAAUGCGCCAAGCCCUAGUUGAAGUCAUCGGCUCCAUCAUCACCGAGCUCUCAAACACAAGCACAGACAACGACAACUCUAAAACCGCCCAAAAGCAAAUAAGCGGACUCUUCGACCUUCUCCUCGAACGCACGCUCGACAUCUCCUCAUACGUGCGCACGAAGCUCCUCCAAGUUCUCGCAAAAAUGUGCGACUUGAAGCCCAAGUUUCCUAAACAGCGCUUGGCGAUUACGGGUGCUGCCAUUGCUGCGCUGGCGGAUAAGGGUGCGACGGUGAGGAAGACGGCUGCGGCACUUUUGGUGAAGCUGUUGGAGACGCACCCGUAUCGCACGCAUGGGGGUAUGUUGCAGCUUGAUGUGUGGCAGGCGGAGUAUCAGGAUGUUUGUAAGGAGUUGGAGAAGAUUGAGGGGAAGAUUGGGAAUGCGGACGAGGACGACGCGAAAAUGGCCGUGGACGACGACGACGAGAACGCCACGCCCAAGAAAAAGCCCAAGAAGAAAAAGAAACAUUCAAAGCUCAAACCCCGCAAAUCUCAAUUGAACGUGGCUGCCGUUACCGAGGAACAAGCCGUCCUGGCCGGGCUGGAGGGUCAAGAGCUUCAGCUGAUGAAUUUGCGCAAGAAAUACUUUGUCGAGGGAUUGGCGUUUAUUCGUCAGAUUGAGAGUGCAAUGGAGCCGAUGGGGUUGCUUCUAGGAUCGAAGAAUAAGCUGGAGGUUGCUGAGGCUAUUGAGUUCUUCAAGGUUGCGCAUGAUUAUGAGUUUGAGAGUGCCAAGGUUGGGAUUAGGAAGAUGCUCCAUUUGAUAUGGGUAAAGGAUAACAACAAUUCUGGGCCUGCGGAGGAGGCGAAGGAGGGUAAAGGUGUUCGGCAGAAGCUGCUCGAUUGUUAUCGCGGAUUGUACUUUGAAGCCAUCGAGGGUCUGCAGCCGAAAGAGCAAGUCAGCCGUAUCGCGAAGAAUUUGGUAGAGCGAACCUACGAGACCACUUUGGCCGAACUAACAAGUCUGGAGGAGAUGAUGCGUAUUAUGAGUGAAGAGGAGCAAAUUCAUCAAGAUGUCAUUUCCAAACUUUGGCAGAUUUAUAGUUCUAAACAAAACAUUCCGAGCCAGCAGCGUCGUGGAGCCAUCAUCAUCUUGGGCAUGCUUGCCUUGGGAAGACGCAGCGUCCUGAGUGAUCGCGUUGACACUUUACUCAAAGUGGGUUUGGGAUCGUUGGGCAAGGCUGAUCUUACCUUGGCUCGAUACACCUGUGUGGCCUUGCAGCGAUUGAACGGGAGUGCUAAGAAGGUCAAAGGUUCCCUCCUCGACAAAACCAUGCGCAUCGAGAUGACCAACCCCAUCUUCCGCAAACUCCAAGAUGCCGUCAACCAUCCCUGUCGAUCUCGAGAAUGGUUCGGGUUCGCCGAGCAGGUUAUCAACACCGUAUAUGCGCUUGGCGAGCAUCCAGACGUGUUCUGCAAUGAGCUCAUCAAGAAAUUCACUAUCAAAGCUUUCACCCCUCGUGCUCCCAAACCUGCUACGGACCCUGAUGCUAUGGCUGAAGACCACCCAGGAGACGUUACCCAAAACUCAUUGGAAACGGCCACGCAGGACUCGACUCCAGGAACGCAACAGGGUGAUAAGGAGAAGGAUGUCGGCGAUGCUUUUGAGCUGAGCCAGCUUCUUUUCAUUGUGGGACAUGUGGCUAUCAAGCAGAUUGUGUUCCUGGAACUUGUUGAGCGGGAGUGGAAGCGCCAGAAGGACGAAAAACAAGCUGGUAGGUGUCUUAUUCCCGAAAAGUUGGCAGCAAAAGCAAAAGGCACUGAUAAAGCCUCCAAGGAUGGCGAGGAGCUUGAUCAAGUUGCUGGUAAUGCAGAGGACGAGAUUGGAGACCGCGUCGCAGGUGUUCGUGAAACGGAGAUGCUCUACGGCACUGACUCUCUUUUGGCGAUGUACGGCCCCAUGGUCGUCCAUAUUUGUGGUAGCCCCCACAAAUUCAAGAGCCCGACACUGCGAGCAGCUGCAACGCUAUUAUUCAGCAAGUUCCUCUGUGUCAGUUCACAAUUCUGCGACCAGAACCACCGGCUAUUAUUCAAAAUCCUCGAAACGUCCAAAGACGCUAACAUCCGGAGUAACAUCGUCAUCGCGUUGGGCGAUGUCGCCGUGUCCUUUAGCAACAUCAUCGACGAGAACAGUAACGAGCUGUACAAGGGCCUUUCGGACGGCAGCAUCAUCGUCAAGAAGAAUACGCUCAUGGUUUUGACGCAUUUGAUCUUGAACGGGAUGAUCAAGGUGAAAGGCCAGCUUGGGGAGAUGGCCAAGUGCGUUGAAGAUGAAGAUGCACGUAUUGCGGAUCUGGCGAAGCUGUUCUUUAGCGAGCUGUCUACGAAGGAGAACGCGAUCUACAAUAACCUCCCUGAUGGUAACCAUUUGUCGACGGGUGAUCAUGCCGUUGACGAAAAGACUUUCAGGAGUACACUCCAAUACAUCUUCACCUUUAUCGAAAAGGAAAAACAAGCAGAGAACAUCGUCGAGAAGCUAUGCCAGCGUUUCAGGCUCAGCGAAGAUCCUCGUCAAUGGCGCGACAUCGCCUUCUGUCUUUCCCUCCUCCCAUUCAAGUCGGAGCGAUCAGUCAAGAAGCUGAUCGAGGGCUUUCAGUUCUAUCGGGAUAAACUACAUGAACCUCAGGUGUAUGAAAAGUUUACAGAGAUUCUGGCAAAGGUACGGUCUUUCGAGCAGUUUUCAGGGUUAUGA